AUGAGUGAUGAAGAAGGUAUGAAUUAUAUGUUAUGUAAAGAUUAUGAAGAAGAGGAAGAAGAAGAAGAAGAGGAAGAGGAAGAAGAGGAAGAAGAAGAAGAAGAAGAAAAACCUUAGGAACGUAUAGAAUAAAAAUUGAUUUAUGAUUAGCAACUGUUUAAUCUUUGGCAAGGGAUAUUCAUGGAGUAUGCUUCUAAGCAAAAAGUAUUAUGAAUAGAAUGCAUGUUAAUACUGAUCCACCUUAACAAUAUUAUUAGUAAGAUUAUAAAAUUAAUAAGACCUCCACCAUAUUGGAAUUAUUCAAAUUAAUAUUAUGAUCCAUAUUAAUAGCAACCUAAUUAUCAAUAUCAAUAACCAAUUCGUCAUGAGAAAGUUGAAGAUCAAUAAGAUUAUUAGGACUAUUUAGAAUAUAUGAGAUUCAAACAAUUUAAGUAUUAGAAAGUUGUUAAUUAUAAGGGAAACUCAUCAAAGUGACUUUUCUGGAUUGGGAUCAUCAAAGAUCAUUUAGAACUAUUACAAAACACUAUAACAAUAAGCUACAAGAACUUAAGUUUAGUAGAAUGCAAGUCAAUUGUAUAGAAGAAAUAACAUGGAUUAAAGUUUUAAGAAUAGUACACGAUAUGGGUAUUAUUGAAC